AUGGAAUAUUUACUUGGAGGAUGUACAGGUCUUCUGAAAGAGGUUGAAACUACCAAUCGUAGUCUGUUGAGGUUGUCUCUCGUGGAUGACCAAUCUUUGGAUAAGGGUAUUACUUCACUUUGCUGGUCUGGAGGCUUUGGGGGUUACUCUGAGGAUGAAAUCACUGUCGGAUACAAAGAUGGGUCCCUGAUUAGCUACAACUACCUUACAAUGAAGAUAAACAGGGAGUAUAAGCUGGAUUCCAGGUGUAUCUACCUCACCAUGCUGAAUUAUCACUUUGAUACUUUCGUACCCGAGAUUUAUAAGAAAAAUAAGGAUUCUCCCCUGUAUCCUGAGUCAAAAAGGCCAAAUGUGUAUGAUACCAACGACAGACUGCUGCUGGCAGUUACCGAACGAGGCUACAUUUACGUUUUUGACUGGUCUGUAAAAAAGCAGAAGCUAAGCGGGGAAAGUAACGACAGUGCUACAGCUGAUGGUGGCAGUGGGAACAGCGAAUCAAAUAGCACAAAUGAUCACGAGGAGUACGUUGGAGCACUCCUAGUUUACAAAUACAGAGGGCCGAUUAGGGACGCCAAGGUCCACAGCGUCAUGAAAAACAGACUGGUUCUGGGCGGCACCAACGUCGCGCCAGCCAUAGUCGACCUCUUCUCGGAGACUGUUCUGUGGGUGGGCAAGUUCCCUCAUGACACGGUUUUGGGGCUACAAAGCACACUCGAAAUCACCAGCCUGUGCAUUCUGGAGGAGAUCGACGACGACCUCAUUUGCGUGGCCACCAGGGACUCCUUCGUGUACGUGUACGACCCGAAGAGUCAGAGGGACCCAGUGUUCGAGUUUAACAUUUGCGACUACCGCGGCAUCGGCCUUUCCAAAAAGUCGCUUUCUCUGCUUUACGAGGACUUUAACACGAAACACCGGAGGAGGCUCUCGAGGUCCAUAAAUGAAAAGUAUUCGCAGACCGACAGGACGAUUCUGAGGCUUGCCACGAGGCCGUCCUACACACUGGACUUUGUUGACGCAAGUUCGCCCAAGGACUCAGCCACUGUUGCAAAUGGCCUGGACAGUCUUGACAAUAGUGACGCUACUAGACUAGGUGGUAAAACAACUAGUUUUAGUAGUGGUUAUAAUACAACUAGUUUUAGUAGUGGUGAUAAUACACAUGGUUCCAGUAGUGGUGGAUGUGGCCAGUAUUCCAUUUUCAAGCUGAAUGACGGCCUAUAUCUUAGGUACUACAAUGAGGUUAAGAGGGACUUUUGCAACCUGUACAUUUGCGAUAACUUCGGAACGAUUUACAAUCUGCAGUUUUUAACCGGAGACAGACUAGUAUGGUGGAUUUACAGGAAGAUACAGCCGAUGCGCCCUUUGCGUGCUGACGAUGUUUAUAAGCUGAAUGACUCAGAUAAGCAUAAAAUUGUACAACACUUAAUAGAAGCUAGAAAGCGACUGUGUUCAUCUUCGAACAACGACAAGAGAGUCCACUUCAGGCGUAACCACUACAGCCAGUUUGUUUGUAGAAUUCUAGGCUGCUUUAACAUGCACAACGGGUCAGUCGUGGACCUCAAGUGCAUCGGCGACUACCUGAUAUCGGCCUCACUGGAUCGCUUCUCCAACGUCGUCAACCUCAACACUGGCAAGCUCGUGUUCACUCUGUACUGCAACCAGAAGCAGUCGUGCAUCCUCGUAAAGAACAGGUACCUGAUGACCAGCUUUAACGACCAGGCUGAGUUCAAGCAUUCCGAGUCCUACGAACCACCUCCUUCCAAGCGCUCUCGUGGCUCCGACUCCGAAGAAGCUAUUGACGACGACGGUUCGAGUGACUCUGACGAUGAGAACGUUAAUGACUCUGACGCUACUGAAGCUGAUGAUCUUGGUGCUGGUACCUCGGAUUCCGACGUCGUUAAUGAAUCUGAUGGUGAUAACGCUGAUGACUCUGACUCUGGUGAACCUGAUGACAACUCUCUAUAA